AGCAAGGCCGGCGGGAGCCCAGGGUGCCCGCUGCCAGCCCGCCCGGCCACAGCUCAGACGCGCGGAAACGCCUCCGUUUUCACAAAACAAAGGGGAGGAACGGGAGGUGUGCGCGGCCCGCAGGUCCGAGGCCUCGGCGACGGCGGCCCCCCCAGCCCGGGCGCAACGGCAUCUUGGGCGACCAUGGAGAGGAGCGUCGGGAGCGGCCGGCGCUCGGGGUCCGACGGCCGCCCGGCGCCUCCAAAGAUCACGCCGGCCGUGGAGAAGCUGCAGCGCCGCGUGCAAGAGACCCUGGACCUGCUGUCCCCGCAGGAGCUGAGCCACUUCCGCGUCAUCCUCAGGACCGUGGACGAGGGGCCGCGCGUGAGCCCCCUGCGGCUGGAGCUGGAGGGCGGCAGCAAGGCGGGGCUGGCCCUGCUCCUGGCCCAGCACUACUACCUGCCCGCCGUGUCGCGCGUGCUCGUCAAGGUGCUGCAGCAGCUGGGCCGCGCCGACCUGCUGCCGCUCUGGCAGAGCGCGGACGACGCGGGCGGCUGGGAGAUUCCAAGAAAGAUUGCAAAGAGAAGCUAUGACUGGGUGGAUGGUGACCAGGACCGUUACGACCUGAGCGGCAAGCGGAAGGCUUUCCUCAUGUGUGUGGAGAAGAACAGACCGGGGGCUCACAGGGACGUCAUGCUAAUGACCGAGUGGCUUGGCCAGUGCCAGUUUGAGCAUACGUCGUGCAUCGAUCCAAACAAAAUGGAGUUACUUGGGAAAAUAUCAUCAUUUCGUGAUGGACUCAAUGAAAUUAAGGAUGAUGUUGGCUGUUGCCUUGUUACUCUUAUGUCCCAUGGGGAGAAAGGCUUUAUUAAGAUGAAGAAUGGUGAAAAAGUCAGCCUGGAGGACAUUUUUGAAAUGUUUAAUAAUAAAAAUUGUCCAGCACUUCAAGAGAAACCAAAGAUCUUUAUAAUCCAGGCCUGCAGAGGAGAGAAAAGAGAUAAUGGUGUGGAGACAGACGACGAGCCCAUGGAGUCUGAUGAUGUGUCUGAGAGGAGCAGGCUGCCCACUUUCAGCGACUACUUCAUCAUCUACCCCACCCAGGCAGAUCACGUCGCCUUACGGCACCCGCGCACCGGCUCGGUGAUGAUUGAAGCAAUGGCUGAGGUCUUUAAACAGCACGGAAAUAAGUGCCACAUCGCCGACUUUUUCACCAAAGUGAAUAACAGAGUGGUGCACACCGAAUUUCAUCUACACGAGGAGCCCAUAAAAGUAUCGCUUGUCAUGGAGUCGACUUUAACUAAAUCUGUGUACUUUUGACAUCAGGAGGAUGAAAAGCAAAGGGCUGCAUUAUAACCAACUGUGUACAGACUGGAGCGCAUUUGUGGCGUAGCUCCGAUGGCUGUCCUGUGGUGGUAUUUCUGUCACCAGUUGUAUUUCUCCAAUUAUUUUGCACGUAUACGGUAUUUUUCCAAGAUCUAACCAUGUUUAUUUGAUACUUGUAAAUAAUCCGACUUCUUUUUUUUUUUUUUAAUCCGACUUCUUUUAAAGGAUCACUGUGUUUGGAAAAUGAUGUUUCCUAAGCUGUUAAGCAAAACACGGAAACCCAGCUCGGUUUGUGGACCAUUUUUAUGAUGUGCUUCCCUUACUGAUCACACUCCACCCUCUCCCACUUUGGUGCUGGUGUUCAUCCUCAUUUUCUUGGCUUAGUCUUCAAGAACUGUCUUUAUGUGGUGUCGUGUUUCACUGGAUUCCUCCCGUAUUGUUCUCGUCUCCUUCUUGACCCCAUAAGCCAUUCUCGAGUCUGACCGGGGCGGCUCCAUUUCUACUUUGUGCCCCUGAUGCCUCGUGUUUCCACCUUCCACCCACUCCCCAGCCUCUUCCUUGCUGCGCAGUCCCUCCGAACUGCUGUUUUCUCUGCCUGGAAAGCUCUGUUCCAGGGGCGGCUGGGUGGCUCAGUCGGUUAAGGGUCCGGCUUCGG